CUAUGCCUUACUGCCCUAUAUACCUGCAGCGGUGCUUCUCUCCAAGCCUAUGUGCAUGCCCUUCCUCCUCUUGGGAUGCCCUCUGCUCUCUCCUAUCUGAAUAUUGCCCACCUGUCAAAAUCCAGCUCAUUCACACCUCUUCGGCCAAGAAGACUUCACUGAUCACACCCGUCUGUCCUGCUUUGUCUGGAUCCCUUACAGUCCACACCACGUGUUCUGUACAUGAUUCCUUAAUCCUAUCCUACAGGUAUCCACUUAGAACCGACAGAUCUGAGCUCUUCCAGCCUAGCUAAGUCGUGCAGGAAAGGGGCAGAAAAGGUGAUGACUUGCCCAAGAUCACAGCGCGAAUUGGUAGUAGGGGCAGGACCAGAACCAUUUCUUGGCCAGUGCUAGUUUCUCUAUCCUUCUGUAUCUGCGCUUUCUUCCCGGUCACCUAGCAGUGUCUUUCAAAGGGGAGUCCUAGAUACACCUGCCUCAGAAUCACGUGGAGUACGCCCUGAAAAUACAUACUGUCUAAGGCAGACCCCGGGAAUAUGCAUUUUAACAAGUUCAUCAGGAAAUUCUCAUACGCUAAGAAGUUUGCAAGACGACGGUCCCACGGACCAGCGCAGCGCGGGUCUCGACAAAACCUCGUUCCUCGCAUUGGCUUUAAAUUCCCACUGCAUUGUGGGAAAUGUAGUUCCGACUUCGCGUCCGCCCCCGGGAGCGCUUUACGGAAGGAGCCGAGCCUGUCCGGAAAUAGCCGAGUAUUCCCUGGCGGGCCCUUUCCUGCCCGGCUGCAUUGUGGGAAAGGGCAGUUUCCGUUAGGUGCUGGAGGCUGAGGCGCGCGACCGGCCGCAGCCCCACGUGAAGCACUACGCGAGCAUCGCUCGGCGGGGCCGCUCCCCGCCAGCCGCGGAGCGUCCCGGAAACAGCGGGGGACCGGAAGCGGCCCGCGGCGGCGCAGAAGCGAAUCCCGGAGCCCGGUGCCAGGCGCCUCGGAGCGCAUCGACGGCGCCAUGUCCCUGAUCUGCUCGAUCUCCAAUGAAGUGCCCGAGCACCCAUGCGUGUCCCCUGUCUCUAAUCAUGUUUAUGAGCGGCGGCUCAUUGAGAAGUAUAUUGCGGAGAAUGGCACAGACCCCAUCAACAACCAGCCCCUGUCCGAGGAGCAGCUCAUCGACAUCAAAGUUGCUCACCCCAUCCGGCCCAAGCCUCCCUCUGCCACCAGCAUCCCAGCCAUCCUGAAAGCCUUGCAGGAUGAGUGGGAUGCAGUCAUGCUGCACAGCUUCACUCUGCGCCAGCAGCUGCAGACGACCCGCCAGGAGCUGUCCCACGCGCUCUACCAGCACGAUGCCGCCUGCCGUGUCAUUGCCCGUCUCACCAAGGAAGUUACUGCUGCCCGAGAAGCUCUGGCUACCCUGAAACCCCAGGCCGGUCUCAUCGUGCCCCAGGCCGUGCCGAGCUCGCAGCCGAGUGUCGCGGGUGCAGGCGAGCCGAUGGAUUUGGGCGAGCUGGUGGGAAUGACCCCCGAGAUUAUCCAGAAGCUCCAAGACAAGGCCACCGUGCUGACCACGGAGCGUAAGAAGAGAGGGAAGACUGUGCCUGAGGAGCUGGUGAAGCCGGAGGAGCUGAGCAAAUACCGGCAGGUGGCAUCCCACGUGGGCUUGCACAGUGCCAGCAUUCCUGGGAUCCUCGCCCUGGACCUCUGCCCUGCCGACACCAACAAGAUCCUCACUGGAGGGGCGGAUAAAAAUGUUGUCGUCUUCGACAAGACUUCUGAGCAAAUCCUGGCCACCCUCAAAGGCCAUACCAAGAAAGUCACCAGUGUGGUGUUCCACCCUUCCCAGGAGCUGGUGUUUUCUGCCUCCCCAGAUGCUACUAUCAGGAUUUGGUCGGUGCCGAAUGCCUCUUGUGUGCAGGUUGUUCGGGCCCAUGAGAGCGCAGUGACGGGCCUCAGCCUCCAUGCCACUGGGGACUAUCUCCUGAGCUCCUCCGAUGACCAGUACUGGGCCUUCUCUGACAUCCAGACAGGGCGUGUGCUCACCAAGGUGACCGAUGAGACCUCUGGCUGCUCUCUCACCUGUGCACAGUUCCACCCUGAUGGACUCAUCUUCGGAACAGGCACCAUGGACUCGCAGAUUAAGAUCUGGGACUUGAAGGAGCGCACCAACGUGGCCAACUUCCCUGGCCACUCGGGCCCCAUCACCAGCAUUGCCUUCUCAGAGAAUGGCUAUUAUCUGGCUACGGCGGCCGAUGACUCCUCUGUCAAGCUCUGGGAUCUGCGCAAACUUAAGAACUUUAAGACACUGCAGCUGGAUAACAAUUUUGAGGUGAAGUCACUGAUCUUCGAUCAGAGUGGUACCUACCUGGCCCUUGGGGGCACAGACGUCCAGAUCUACAUCUGCAAGCAGUGGACAGAGAUCCUUCAUUUCACAGAGCAUAGCGGCCUGACCACAGGGGUGGCCUUUGGGCAUCACGCCAAGUUCAUCGCUUCAACGGGCAUGGACAGGAGCCUCAAGUUCUACAGCCUGUAGGCCCUGGCCCUUCUGAUCUGGGAGCUGGGCCUCAUCUCAGUAGAGGGGUAGAAUUAGGGUGGGGGG